AUGGCAAGAGAGAAAUCUGUAAUGUGUAUGGUGAUGGUUUUGGGGGUUGCCAUAAUAAUUCAGGGCACUGGAGCUGCUGAAGAAUGUAGCACAGUGACAGCACUGGUAGCAGCAUGCUCCAGCUUUGUGAACUAUGGCACACCAGAUCCAACUCCAGGUGCACCAUGCUGCGUCGCUAUGACGACCCUAAGCAACAUAGCUAGCUCCACCGAGAUGCGCCAGGCCGUCUGUAGAUGCGUGAUGGACCUUAUUACUACUUACAACCCAAAUGCUACUGCCAUUGCCACUCUGCCUGGUUUCUGUGGUGUUUCUCUUGGUUUCACCAUUGACCCUAACACUGACUCCAUCCGAUAUUCAAGGUCCACUGGUCCUAUUAAUCGUGAUUUGCUCUGGUUAAAGAAGUUCUCUACUCCCGGGUGUCUCAUAACAAUAUGGUCUCUGGAAAGUGAUGCUGAAGAAUGA